AAAGUCUGUGCGUUAUUGACCUCAACAGAGUCCUUUGUGUCAACACGGUGGAAGAUAUGACGUGGGAAGUUUGGGAAAUACAUAUAUUUUGUACUAUUCCGCCAAAUUAAACGAACUAAUUAAGCUUCUGGGAAAUCAGUUAUGCGUCUCAUCUCUUCUGCUCUUUGUUUCUUUUGUUUAUUUACGUGUUAACGUGAGAAGUUUGCUUCUUUUGUUUAAGGGAUUGUCAGUGAUUGAUCUGUAAGGAGCCUCAGUCAGUAGUCAUGGUUUUGAUUCUGGGACGACGUGUGAACCGUGAGGAUCCGGCAGUGGUCCCUGACUUGCCGGCUGUUAAGCGUAAAGUCUUUGAGAUGGACCCCAAGAAUGUGGAUGACACCAUGGAUUUCUCUUCAGGCUCAUCACACGCUGAGGGCGUGCUGCAUGUUUUUGACGAGUUUCGCACAAAUCGUCUGUUCACAGAUGUUGUGAUUGGUGUGCAGGGACGAGAGUUUCCAUGCCAUCGUGCCAUGCUCUCUGCCUGCAGCGUCUAUUUUAAGGCCAUGUUCUGCAACGACCACCGUGAGAGCCGGCAAACCCUGGUGGAGAUCAGCGGUGUCCAAGCUGAUGCCAUGGAAGUCUUGUUGCAGUAUAUUUACACAGGUCGUGCCACAAUUACCACACAAAAUGUGCAGUAUCUCUUUGAGACAUCCAGCCUCUUCCAGAUUGGAGCCCUGAGAGACGCCUGUGCCAAAUUCCUUGAGGAUCAGUUGGAUCCAUGUAACUGCCUUGGUAUGCAGCGUUUUGCCGAGACCCAUUCACUCAAGCAGCUGGCUGGACGCUGUCGAGGCUACGCGCUGCAGAAUUUUCCAGAGGUGGCUCAGCAUGAGGAAUUCCUGGACUUGCGCAGGGAGGAGCUGGAGGGAUACCUAGCGAGCGAGGAGCUGUGUGUGAGCAGGGAAGAGGUGGUGUUUGAGGCCGUCAUGAGGUGGGUUUACCACAGCGUGGAGUACCGUCGGCCAAUGUUAAAGGAGCUGCUCCAGCACGUCCGGCUGCCAUUAUUGCACCCCAACUACUUUGUACAGACGGUGGAGGGAGAUCAGCUGAUCCAGAACGCUCCCGAGUGUUACCAGCUACUGCACGAGGCCCGACGCUACCAUGUGCUUGGGAACGAGAUGAUGUCACCUCGGACCAGGCCACGCAGGUCGACAGGGUUUUCUGAGGUCAUCGUGGUGGUCGGAGGCAGCGAGAGGGCAGGAGGAUUUAACCUGCCUUACACAGAUUGUUAUGACCCUGUUACAGGCGAGUGGAAGUCUCUGGCCAAACACCCUGAGUUCACCAAGUCGGAGUAUGCAGUGUGCUCCUUGCGCAAUGACAUCCUCGUCUCAGGUGGACGCAUCAACAGUAGUUAUGUGUGGAUGUACAACUCUCAGCUGAACCUGUGGAUCAGGGUGGCGUCGCUCAACAAGGGCCGCUGGAGGCACAAGAUGUCCGUUCUGCUAGGAAAGGCAUAUGCCGUUGGAGGAUAUGAUGGUCAGACGUGCCUCAGUAACGUGGAAGUGUACGACUCCUUCUCUAACCGCUGGACGGAGGUGGCUCCUCUAAAGGAGGCUGUGAGCUGUCCAGCUGUGGCCAGCUGUGCUGGGAGACUGUUCGUCAUCGGUGGAGAGCUAGAUGAGAACAGCUGCACAGACAAGGUGCAGUGUUAUGACCCAGAGACAAACAGCUGGCUGCUGCGAUCCAGCAUUCCCAUUUGUAAGCGCAACAUCACGGCCGUGUCUCUGAACAGCCUGUUGUACGUGUGUGGCGGACUCACCAAGUGCAUCUACUGCUACGACCCAGCACAGGACUUCUGGAUGCCUGUGGUUAACACCUUCAGCAGACAGGAGUGUUGCGGCAUGUCGGUGUGCAAUGGGAAGAUCUUCAUCCUGGGGGGACGUGGUGAGAACAGUGUGGCUUCUGACAGUAUCAUGUGUUAUGAUCCUGCCACUGGCAUACUGACGGGUGUUGCUGCUAUGCCCCGCCCCAUUUCCUGUCACGGUUGCAUCACUAUACACCGCUUUGACGAGAAGCUGCACCGGACCUGAGAGUGACACUCCCACACACACACACACUUACACACACACACACAAUACUAACACAGCGGGAUCUGUUAAUACACUCAGAACACAAUCUGGACUGGACUGAUGUUAAAGAGAUGAGCUCAAGCUUGUGUGUUUUGUUCAGCUUUUCUUGAAGGUGAUCAAACAAUAUAAGAAGAGCUGAUCCACUCCUUUCACAUCACUCACCACUUUAACAAGUUUCCUUACUUUGACACCAGUCAUACACACGGCACACCUCCUCUAUGACCAUCUUCUUUUUUGUUAUUUUAACCUGAUGUGUUUUGCCUUUAUCUUUUAUUAUUUCUCUCCCUCCGUUGCAGUUCUUUCUGUAAUGUUUUUCUCAUAUUCUUUACCUCAUCUCUCGCUCUAUCUCGCUCCCCCCCCCCCCCCCCAGUAAAAGAAUGUAAAUCACCCUUCUUCUUUUAAGAUCAUUACAUGCUGAGGCAGUGUGUUCAUUCCUAUCAUGCAACACCAUGCAGUAGUAUUUUAGCUUCACUAUGAACUCUAGACAGGACGAUAGCAGCAACAUUCAUAUAUCAGCUGCUUGGCAAUUGUAUCUUUUGUGUAACGUUUUUUUUUUUUCAACCCACUUGUGUGUUAUUCGGCUUUAUGUUAACAAUCUUUUUCAUUUACUUUUGUUCAGUUUUUUUAUUCAACAAUUUGUUCAUCUUGCUUUCAUGUUCAUCAUUAUUCAUUUAUAAUUGUAUUUAAUAGCAUUUGUGUUAUGUUUUUUUUAUAAUGACUUUGUAUUUUGCAGUAUGUAACAAUAACUACAUAGCCUGUAGAUGAAUUUGCUUGAUCAGUGUCAAGAUGUGUGAAUUUGAAUCUCUUUUAUUGACACUUGUGUUUUCCUGUUUUAGUUUUUCGUUUGUUGGUUUACACAUUUUCCUUGCGAUGUGUGAUAAAACAGAAAGAUGGACUGUUCUGAACCAGGCAGCAUAUUUGCUGUGAAACUUUUUGGUUUUGUUCUUUUUAUUUAAACAUGUCUCUGUGACAACCAUUGUGCCUUUUGUGUGUGUGUGUGUGUGUGUGUGUAUGUGUGUUUUAAAGAAACCCCAAUCAUGCACUUAAUGUCAUGUUAAUGUGUGUCAUUGUUAGUGCUAUGAUAUCUAAUUUUAAUAUGUUGCUUGUGUUUUUUAUGCAUUAUAUUAUUAGCAUGUUUUAUACUUCUGUUUGUACUCCAAGCCAUUUUUGUGCCAGACCUAAUUUUCAAGAGUUUAAUUUGAGAAUUGGAACCCUUUUUAUUUUUUGUUGAACUAUACUAACUCCAUAACAGAAUUCAUACUAAGCAAACAAUAUGAAUUCUAUUCAGUUUUUUUGUUUCUUUUGUUUAGAUCACAUUCCUGGUGCCCUGCAGCUUUAGAUAAGUAAGGUGACAAAGCUGCAUUUGGGUGGCAAUUUUUUUAUUUUUUUUUCCAAAUCAAAUUAUAUUAUGGAAAUCAAUCUUAUAAAAUGUGAAAGGGAAAAUAAUUAUUGCCAAAGCCAAGCAUUAGUUUAUUUAUCCAGAAUAAUCCUGGUUUAUAUUUUAUAUAUAUAUAUAUAUAUAUAUAUAUAUAAUAUAUAUAUAUCAUUCUUGGCACAUGUUUUUGCCAUAUUUUGCUCCUAGCUAUGUGUGUGUGUGAACAUGUAAGUCAUUAGGUAAAUUGAUUAUUAACUGGUUAGAUCAUUUAAAAAUAAGUUAAUAGCCAUGUGUUGCCAAAUAUACAAGAGUCUGUUUCAUUUUUAGUUCUGUUUUGAUAUAAAGUUAGCAGAUUUUGCUAUGUGUUAUCAAAAAGCAUCAAGAAAAUUUCAUCUGUUGCUGUUACAGAUUUUAUGGUAGUGGGUAUAGUAAUAAUUAGCUUCAAUUGUGGAAUGUGAAUUGAACAAUGCUUUUUUAAUAUAAGGUAUAUACAUUCAGUACAUAUAAGUGUGUGGGGGAGAGAUAGAGCUGUUUCUGUAUUGUACUGUAUUCUACAUCUGUUUUCAAUAAAUAUUUUUUUUAAGAUUACCAUCA